AUGCCUUGGCACGCCACGCCCCUCAGUCCCAUUACAACGGUUGCCAUGGCAACGAUUUUAAAAAGAAUCGCUGUUAUUGGCCGAGGAACCAGCAGAACCAUAUUUUUAAGAUGGUUUCCUUCGGGCAGAUGGACCAGUGAAGUGGAUUCGUCCCAUUCCGGUUCGGACAAUGCCUAUGGUUGCGUUGUUUCGGACAAUGGGACGUAUGCCCCGUGCAGACAGGGUUGGCUGCGAAAAUGUGGCGCUCGAUGUUUUUUGUUUCCGUUGGUUGUUUUUCCACUGUUACAAGAUGUCAAUGCUGAAGAGGGCAACAAUUUUUUUCUUAAGGCUUCAAAAAGUGUGCCUAGAAUUGGAAGAAAUACCAGAAAUAAGGAAGAUUUUGAUAAUUUCUUUCUGAAAGCUUCCAAAUCUGUUCCUCGGAUUGGCAGAAGAAAUCAGAUGGUUACACAAGAAAACUCAAACGAAGAGGAUACCGAUAGCCUGGGAAAGUUAUUAAAAUGUACUUAUUUAAAAAAAAAUACUGAAAGAGAACUAAUUAAUUUUGCUUUAGAUCCCACUUGGUCUGAAAUCGCUGAAAAAUACGAAUACUACCCGGAAAUUUUCAACUCCGAAACCCUGAAAAAACUAGAAGAAGAAUUAGGAGAUGAUCCAUCAAUUUACGAAUGGGACAAGUCAUUCAAACAAAAUUUUAUUUAUAACAGUUCUUCGAAUUUAAACCUUUUCAACAUGACAAAAUCAUUGGAAUACACGAAAUCAAACUUUGAUACUCACAGUUUUGUGAAAGAAGUUAUGGACAAGAAAAUAGUUUUUCAAGUAGUUAAAAUGAAAGACUCCACGUUAAUUUACAUUAACGAUAAGGACAACUUAAGUUUAACAGAUUUAUCCUUGUCUGUGGCUAGUCGUUUUAAUAAUACACCAAUCGGGACAACUUUGGUAGGAAGUGCUUUACAAGGGGUUUCCCAAGGUUUUGCGGCUAAAUUAUCGAGGAAGUUGAAAAAAAGCGUGUUUUUAAGCUGUAAUUUAGAGGAAGAUAGAAUGUUAAUUCCCGUUGUAGAAAAAGAGCUAUUUAGUGAAAUUAAGAAUAAUGCUGAUAAAUUUUAAGG